AUGACGCCGUCCCCGCUGGAGGUGCUCAGCGCGACGCUGCUGGGCUCCGUGCCCGCCGAUGCGUCGGAUCAGGAGCUCCAGGACGUGGACUGGCCACUCGUGUCGGCGGCGCUCGCGGCGCUGCGUCUGCGCACGCAGGAGGAGCUCACGGAGCUGGCGAAGGCGCUGGAUCCGCCUGAGACCGCUGCGUGUGUAAACCCACUUGAAGAGCACGGCGAACUUUUAGCAGUGCAUACUGGAAUCAAGUCACUCCAGCCCCAGCUCACAGUUGCAGAGCAGCACUUCACCCAGUUGGAGAGCAUCGCGCGCCCCGGACUCGACAAGCUGCAGACGCUCCAGAGUCGAGCCAAGUACCUGGAAGCGGCCGUGCAAGUGGAGAAACUGAGCCAGGAAGCCAAGAGCAGAGCCGUCCAAGCCACGCCCGACGCCCUGGAGGCUUUUCGCAGUUUUGCGGCUUUUGCUGCUGCAAUUCCAGAGCAGUUCACGGCCAUUCGAAGAGAAGCUGCGCGAAGGGUGGAGGACUUGUCGGUGGAUCUGCGCCACUUUGCAGUCGAGAAGUUGCAACUGGCAUUGGAGAAGAUCAAUUGGCCCGAGCCGUUGGCCACCCAGCAGGAGAUAACUGACAAGGAGACAAAGCUGCGUGAGGUAUCCGAUGCGUUCGGGUACUUGCUCACGCUGCAGCUUAGCCAGCAGGCGCAGCCUGUGUCGGCGACGACGGAUCUGUGGGCGAUGGAGUGUGUGCUAGACCCGUUGCUGCUGCGAUUUCGGUAUCACUUUGAACGACCAGAGAGCGCAACGAACCGACUAGCAAAGCCCGAAUGGUACUUAAGCCAUGCGCAGGAGCAGACAAACGCGCACACGCGCUUUUUGGCGCACACGCUCACUCCAGAACUGCACCGCCAUCGUGAGGAAGUGCAUUGCUGGGACGCGCAGAUCCUGCUACUCCGCGGACUUGUCAAGGCUGUCUGUCGAAAGCUUACACAAGACUUGCCUACUCUGCUGGCGCAUCCACCGUUGUUGUGUCAUACACUGGAUGAGGUCCUUCUCUUCGAGCAGAAUAUCGAUGACGACGUUGGAUACGGUUCCUGGGCUAGCGCCGACCGUCGCGCGUACCCACGCUGUGUAGAUGUUUUCACGUCGAGCAAUGACGUGCUUUUCUCCUGGACGAGCGCUGAUGUCGAGUACGGGCAUCGUCUUGAUCAAGAUCUGGUUCCCCCGGCAGCGCUGCGGUUUGUGUCCUUACUGGAUUUCCUCUCUCAGCGCUUCACGCUCAUGGAGACAGAAGAGCACCGCUACUUGUACGUGGUGCAGGUGCACUUGCCACUGUUGCGUCGAUUUGGACAGCUCUGUGAUGCCCGAGGACGCCGGCUGAUCAGUGCUCUGGCCAAGAAAACUAGCGAUGCGAAGACCCAAAAUGCGUGGGCGGAGCUAUUCGUUGUGGUGAACGCGCUGCAGCACGUAGCGCACGCGCUGGCGGCUUGGGAGCAGAGCAGCGUCUUUUUGGAGCUUUCGAAGAAGGUUGCGCGCUCGGAGACGACAAGAGCCCAAGUGCUUCGGAUGCACGUGGCUUACUCGAAGCAGGUACUUGCGCGCGCCUCGGCCGCUGUCCUUGCUACAGAAGAAGCCACUGCGGUUCGACAAGCCCUCGCUGGACCAGGAGCGAUGAUCGGGCCCACAGCUGCUCUUUCCGCGGCUUAUUCGGUCGGGUCCAAGACGAUGAAGAGCCUUUUUCGUCAGCAAGACGAUCCUGAGACACUUCUCUUCUCGCACACGAUAUUCGAGCGGCAGAUUUCGGAGCUGAAAUUACUGGCGGCGACGCUGCUCGAGGGCGGCAAGGACACGCUGGUGCGCGCGGCCGAGCGAAACGUUGGAGCCUACCGCUCGAGCCCGUUUUGGACGGACACAAAGUAUGACGAUGCAGACAACCGUGAGGAGCUGCAGAUCGUGCCAGGGGUUUCCUCUGAGUUGGCGAGCUGUUACACUCUUAUCAGUAAUACGCUGAGGUGUGCGCGCAAGGCGCUGGUGCCUGAAUAUUGGCCUGCUCUGUGGAAACCUCUGGCAUCCGCACUCGAUACCGCUCUCUUUGAUGCGUUCUGCAACCCUUCAGCGACGGAUGAGUGCACUCAGCUCAGCAGAUCGGGCGAGCGUCAAUUUGUCGAGGACAUCCGAUCGCUUGUCGCGAUGUUUGCUGCGGGUUCGUCAAAGCCGCUACCGCGGUCGUACUUCCGUCUAACUCGCGAAGUGUGCCACCUACUGGAGAUGCCUGCAGCAAGGCUGCGUGAGCAGCUCACGACAAUUUUGGAGGCAUGUGGCAUUUUUGCGCUUACACCGCCCCAAGUCGUGCGGAUAUGCGCCACUCGACUGGAUCUCGAAGCGAGGGAAGCUACAGCGCCGGCUUCAUGA